GUAAGUAUUAGAAGAAGCAAGUUCUGUUUCUUCACUAUGACUUUUUCAUGUGAACCCAGGGAGGCUGGUUCACGUAAGACUGUGACAUGAGUCUGACACUUCAGCACAACUCCAACACCCCAGAUGGUCCAUCAGCUAGACUACUUAUCCCAACACGAUUCUUUAGCUUGCGGGUGCGAAGCAAAUCCGGACUCCGCCGAAGGCCACUUCUGAUUUGCAUCAUGGUUGACAAAGUUCAAGUUAGUUGUUUCGCAAAGAGUGCUCACUCAAAGUUCUUGAAUUUCCAGCUUCGUACUACGUGCAUCUUCCGUGGAUAGCGACAGUUGACUAUUGUUCGUAAAUUGGGCACUCCGAACGCAGUUGUUGCCAUCGAGAAUCAACAAUAGGGAUGAAUGAAUGCCAUAUCGAUAAGCUGCCAGAUGACGCGCUCCGUAUAAUUUUCGAGUUGGUCUGUGAAGACGACCAAGCCACCUUCCAUAAUUAUUCUAUUCAAAAUGAAGUGCGGGAAGGCAGGUUUUGGGACGAUUGGGACCAAAGCUACUAUUAUGAUGAUUGGCACCGUGAAAAAGAAUCCAGAGGCUCUCCACCAUCGGCACUCAUUGCAGCAAUGUGUGUGUGCAAACGUUGGCGUUGUCUCAUGUCACACACUCCAACAUUGUGGACUGUGUUACAAAUUUCCUUUGGCAAUGGUGCCGCAUCUCUUGAACGAGUGCGCACUUUCCUGAGACUCAGUGGAACACAUCCUCUCAAAAUCACUCUACUUUGGAAUGACCCUCACAACCCGUUCAAUGGAGGCCCCAGGCAAGCCUCCCCUUUGUAUGACCAUAAUCUUAUGCUCCCCGCACCGGUCGACGAAAGCGUGGCUGGCGCUUACCUCGUCUUGAUCAUCAUGGAGUUAUAUGCUCAUGUGCACCGUUGGCGCGAGUUUACGCUGAGGACGACCUCAAAAACACACAUACGACAAGCACUCCUACUCUUAUCGCGUCCUUCCGUUCAUCCAGCUCAUAUGCUAGAAAAACUGUAUCUUCAACUCGUACACAACCAAUUGAAUGUAGACCCCAACCAUCGUGAACCGUCAAUUUUUCCUGGCUCAGCAUCUCCCAUCAAUGAUCUUAUCCUUUUUGGGACCAGUUGGUCCUGGCUGUCAUCCUCCAUGUUUUCAUCACAUCUCGUCAAUUUGCGCAUACACUACUGCACAGAUGACGGUAACAUCAAUACGGCCACUACAUCAAAGGUUUUGUUGCAACUCCUUAGUGCACUGGUCAAUCUGCAGACCCUCGCACUUGAAUUGGAUAUGGAUGUGACAGACAUCCUGUCUCCCAUCGCGCUGCCUCGCUUGCACUAUCUGGCUAUGAAAUCGAAGAAGAUGGACUGUUGGAUUGAAGACUUUCUCCACUAUGUUCAUAUGCCCAAUCUCCGGAUAUUGAUCUUGGAUGGCAUUUCCUGCGAUUACACAUUGAACGAAAUUGAACUUGAAGGUAUCCUUCAAGAGUUGAUCAGGCUUACCAAGAAAAAUUCCUCUGGCUCUCUUCUAGAGCUAGACGAACUCCAUCUCGUUAAUUUCGCACAUUAUCCAGAUCCUCAGCUCCUCCAUUGCCUGUACCAACAGAUGACUAGCGUCAAGGUAUUGACACUAGGACCAGGGGCGUUCUAUGCGAAUGAUACAUUUGCACUGGGACUGCUCCCCACGCCCCAUGGACUGGGGGACGUCCCUCUACCGGGACUUCGGACCCUGAUCGUCUUUGACAUUCCAAUAAACUUCGUGCGGCGCAUCGUUCUAGGGCGACUUUCGCUCGCUGGUCCGUUGGAAGAACUUUAUUACCAAGAACCUGACAGCCGACCGGAGCCAGAGGAGGAUGAUUUGAUUGUCCCAGACGAUUGGCAACAUCAAGUUGAGAAGUACUAUCGUAUUAACAGUGUGAAAUCUGAACGUUAUUGUGAUGUAGUCGGCAGGAAGUGGUCAUACUUAGCCUAGUACCUUGGUCAAUUUCUUACCAUGUCACAUAUGUCGCUCGCAACUUGGGUCAAAAAAGAAAAAAAAGAAGUGGCUAUCCUCGGGUCUUUGGAUUCUGCCAACAAAUUUCAUUAGGCUGUAUAUCCGUUCUUAUUAAAUACUCAUUCGAUGUUAGCGAGCAGGAGAUGAUGAUCAGAAUAGGGUCCGUAGUAUCUCCUGACGUCCAUGUCCUUCAGCGGACAUGAAACUCCGAUGUGUUACUGGACUGACGUGGCUGGGUAUCUGCUCUAGCAGACGGAAGCUGG